AUGUCUCAACCAGUAUCCUCUGAACCUAUGAGUGAUGUAUCUACAACAAGUACAACUAGUCAACCUGUAAAAGUUGCACCUCCAUUAAAACUCGAUAUCCUUCGUAUCAUUCGACUUUGUCAACAACAACAUGGUCUUCGUCAUGGUGAUUAUCAACGAUAUCGAUCAUUUUGCUCUCGUCGUCUUCGUCGUAUACGGAAAUCACUUGAAGCAACUUAUGGCAAUCAAAAAAAAUUUCAAAAACCUGUCAUUACUGAUGAACUUGUGGCAAAAGAUUCACGAUAUCUUUUAUUACCACUUAUUUGUAGUGAGCGUGCAUGGGCUUUUGCUAUGCAACUUAAAACUGAAUCAAAUAGUGAACCUCGAAAAAAAUUUCAUCUUUUAAAUCGUCUUCGUAAAGCAGUUAAACACGCUGCUCAACUUGAAGCAUUAUGUAAUCAACAAAAAACAUGCGAUGCUCGUACUAAACUCGAAGUUCAAGCUUAUACAGCUGUUAUGAAUGGUCAUUUAAAAUUUGAAAUGCAACAAUGGAGUAAUGCAUUAGAAUUUUAUGUUCGUGCACAAACAAUUUAUGAUAAACUUAAAACAGGUGUUCGUAGUGAAGAUGAUAAACAAAUGAUUGAUCAACGUAUUGAUGAAAUAACAACGAAUGUUCGAUUUUGUCAAUAUAAGAGUGGUGAUAAAAAUGCUGCAAAAGAAUUAAGAAAUUUAAGAACUAAAGCAGCACUUGAUGAUCCUGAAAUGACACGUAUUCUUGAUGCUUUUCUUAGCGAAGCACAUGAACAACAAACAUCAACAAUAUCAGAAGUAACAUGGCGACAACAUAAAAUACAAAUUGCAAAUGAAAAAGUUCGAUUAUUCUUUUUAAAUUUACAAGAAUUCGAAGCUGAAAUCAAAAAAUCAGGUGUUUCAUUUGACACUAAAAUGAGUUUAUACGAAAGUUUUCUUAAAGAAGCAGUUGAAACAUUACAAAUAGCUAAAGAUGAACUUAAAAAUGAUCCUACAUUCAAACCUGUUCCAGCUUCAGCAGCAGCAGCUGGUGGUGCAACACCCUCAACUAAUGAAAAAUUAUCUGAUGGUGUUUGGCUUUAUAGUUACAUUGCAUGGAUUCGUCUUUCAAAAAUGAUUGAACGUAAUUUAGCAAUGAUUGAUAAUGCUAAACAACAAACAUUCAAAACAACAACAUCGGAUAAUGAUAAGACUGAUGCAACAUCAGCUAAAAAGGUGACAAAAUCUGCUGAUAUUGUUCGAAUGUAUGAUUUAUUAUUACAAUUUUUAAAUGAUAUAAGUGCAAUACCAGCUUUACAAGCUGAUAAAACAAUUCAAUCGGAUGUUGCUUUUCAAACAAUUGUUUACAAGGCUUGCAGAUCAUUUUAUAUAGCAGUUUCAUUUGUUCAAACAAAACGUUAUAAAGAAUCGGCAGCAUUAGUUAAUAAAGCUGAAAUAUAUAUGGAACAAGCUAAGAAAAUAGUUAGUGAUGGACAACAACCGAAAUCAAGUGAAAUUAAUUAUCAAACAUUAUUGAAUGAAUUUAAUGUUAUUCAAUCGAAACUUGAUGAAGUUAAAUAUCAAAUUCAAACAUCAGCUACAACGGCUACACCAACACCGGCUGGUAGUGCUUCACCAAAGGUUGGUGCAUUACAACAAUCAUUCGAUGAGGUUCUAUCAAUUGAAGAACAGAAAGAAUUAGAGAAAAAACCAUUAAUUGAUCGUUUGGAUACAUAUCUUGAAGAUUCAUCAUUAACAAAUAAAAAUCGUCUUAAUAUUGUUUCAUUACCACCACCAUUUAAACCCAUUCCAUGCAAACCGGUGUUUUUCGAUUUAGCUCUCAAUCAUCUAACAUUUCCCUCAUUGGAUGAUAAAGUUCAAAGUAAACGUCAAGCUAUAUCAUCAAUGAAUGAUAAAGGACAACAACAACAGCAAGCUGGUCUUACUAGUUAUGUCAAAGGAUUUUUUUCUUGGGGUGGAAAAAAACAAUAG